AUGAAUCAACAAAGUGAACUAUCAAAAAUGAUACGAAAUGAUUAUGCACGUGUUAAAUGCCGAAGUGGUGAUGUACAAUUAGAUGCAUUUAUUUUACAAGAUAGUAAAAUAACCUUACUUGAUGUUCUUUGGUUAGCAAUAGCUUAUGAAAAGAUGAAUAAACAAACAGAUGCUAUUGAAAUUUUAAAACGUGUUAUUGAUGAUUCAACAACAUCAAAUAAAGAUCGUUCAAUUUUAUUAACUUUUCUUGGGCUUUAUCAACGUAAAAUGGAUCCACAAACAGCAGUUAAAAAUCUUUUUAAAAGCUAUUCAACUAAACCUGUUUGUUCAAGUGCAGUAACUGCACUUUGUGCUAUGGGAAUGAUUAUAUCAGAUAAUCGAAUAACAUCAGCUGCUUUAAAAGAAAUGCCAAAAUCAACUGAUUCAAAUUAUACAAUGGAUAUACAUUUAUUAACAUGUUUAUCAAUGUUUUUGACUAAUAAAACUCGUGAAGUAUAUAGUUAUACAAUGAAUGCUGUUCAUAAUUAUCCAUGGUUAACGUGGACAUGGGUACUAGCUUUAAUUGCACGUAUUCAAAUAGGCAAUUCGUUAGGUGUAUUACAAAUGAUUGAAGGAAUUUGUCAUUCCAAUUUUUCGACAAUCGAUGAGAAAAUGGCGAUUCUUGUUGCUAAAGCAUUACAUCAUAUAUCACCUAAACGCAAUGAACAUAUUUUACAUCUAUUUCAAAUGUUGAUUAUGCAUCGUCCAGGUAUUCUGUUUUAG